AUCUCUCUCUUCUUCUCCUUCAUCUUUCUCGCGCCUAAAAGCUUCUCUCUCUUUAAUGGCGUUUUGAUUAAUCUUCCUCACUCUUCUUAAAAAAACUGGAUCUUUCUCUCUAAAGGUAGCUCCUUUUAAGUCUCUUGGGGCUUCCCUUCUCUCCCAGUCUUUAACCAUGGCGUUUCUCAGAGCUUUCUCGUUCCUCCUGUUUCUCUUCUUCUCCGUUUCUUCAGCCGUUGAAGACUCAACCUCAGAAAGGGACUCUCUUUUGUCCUUCAAAGCCUCCCUGGAGAACUCUCUUCUCUCUUCAUGGAACCGUUCGUCUCCCCUCUGCAGCUGGGUCGGCGUAACUUGCCGUUUCGGGAAAGUAGACUCUCUCUCCUUACCCUCCAUGUCUCUAAAAGGAAAGCUCCCUCCUUUCCUCUUCUCCUCCCUCCCCUCUCUCUCCGACCUCGACCUCUCCGACAACUCCCUCUCCGGCGAGAUUCCGGCCUCAAUCUCGAACCUCAACCGCCUGAGAUCCCUCCGGCUCAACCUCAACUCUCUCUCCGGCGUCAUCCCUCCUCAGCUCGGGAACCUGAAACGCCUCCACACACUCGACCUCUCAGGUAACUCCCUCACCGGCCACCUCGGCGAGCUGGACCUCCCUCGCCUUCUCUACCUCGACCUCAGCGACAACCGCCUCUCCGGCCCUCUCCCUCCUUCCUUCUUCCUCGGCUUCCCGUCCCUCUCUUCCCUAGACGUCUCCAACAACUCCCUCUCCGGCGUUAUCCCUCCGGAGAUCUGGAAACUGAGCAACCUCUCCGACCUCUACAUGGGGACCAACAAACUCUCCGGCCUUCUCCCGCCGGAGAUCGGCGACCUCUCGCUCCUCAAGAACUUCAUCGCUCCGUCUUGCUUCUUCAGAGGACCGUUGCCUGACGAGGUGUCGAAGCUGAAAAGCUUAGCGAAGCUCGACCUUUCUUACAACCCACUCAAGUGCUCCAUCCCCAAAUCUAUCGGAGAGUUAAAAAGCCUCAGCAUGUUGAACCUCGUCUCAACCGAGCUUAACGGUUUGAUCCCUCCGGAGAUAGGCGAGUGUAAGAACCUCAAGACGCUGAUGCUUUCAUUCAACGAUCUCUCCGGGUCUUUACCUUUGGAGCUCUCAGAGAUUCCUCUGCUGUCCUUCUCUGCUGAGAAGAACCGUCUCUCUGGUCCGUUGCCUUCUUGGAUCGGCCAGUGGAAGGAGCUGGAGUCGCUUCUUCUCUCUAGCAACCGGUUUUCAGGAACCAUCCCUCGCGAGGUUCAGGACUGUCCGAUGUUGAAGCAUCUUAGUCUCGCUAGCAACUUGCUAACCGGUACCAUUCCUAGGGAGCUUUGCGGUUCGGGUGCGUUGGAGGAUAUUGAUCUCUCUGUGAACUCCCUUUCCGGAGGCAUCGAUGAGGUCUUCGUUGGAUGUACCAAUCUUCAACAGCUGGCUCUUACCAAUAAUUACAUCAACGGUUCGAUACCUGAGUAUCUCUCCAACCUUCCUUUGAUGGCGCUUGACUUGGACUCCAACAACUUCACCGGAGAGAUCCCCGUGAGUCUCUGGAACUCGAGGAGCCUGAUGGAGUUCUCAGCUUCUUACAACCGUCUAGGAGGGUUUCUCCCAGCAGAGAUCGGCAAUGCGGUGUCGUUGAAGCGUCUUGUCCUCAGUGAUAAUCAGCUCAGAGGUGAUAUCCCAAGAGAGGUUGGGAAGCUGACUUCUCUAUCGUUCCUGAAUCUGAACUCGAACAAGCUUCAAGGGAAGAUACCUACCGAGCUCGGAGACUGUACUUCUCUGACUACAUUGGACCUUGGCAAAAACAAUCUCCAAGGAGAGAUUCCAGACAGGAUCACCGCUCUUGCUCAGCUUCAAUGCCUUGUUCUCUCUCACAACAAUCUCUCCGGUUCCAUCCCCUCAAAGCCUUCUGUUUACUUCCACCAGACGGACAUGCCUGAUCUCAGCUUUCUCCAGCACCGUGGGAUAUUCGAUCUCUCGCACAACAGACUCACCGGUCCUAUACCUGAGGAGCUAGGCGACUGUGUUGUAGUGGUUGAGAUUCUCCUGAGCAACAAUCAUCUCUCUGGACAGAUCCCAGCUUCACUCUCACGUUUAACCAACCUGACGAAUCUUGACCUGUCUGGAAACCACCUCACCGGCUCCAUUCCUGAACAGAUAGGCCACUCUCCUAAGCUGCAGGGACUCAACUUGGCGAGUAAUCACCUCACUGGACGUAUACCGAAGAGCUUUGGGCUUUUGGGUAGCUUGGUGAAGCUAAACCUGACCAAGAAUAAGCUUGAUGGUUCUCUUCCUGCUUCUCUUGGGAACUUGAAAGAGCUGACGCACAUGGACUUGAGUUUCAACAAGCUGAGUGGCGAGCUUCCUUCAGAACUGUCUAGAAUGCUCAACCUAGUAGGCAUCUAUAUCCAGCAGAAUAGGUUCUCAGGUCCUGUGGAGAGUCUGUUCGGCAGCUCGCUGGCGUGGAAAGUUGAGACGGUGAACUUCAGCGUUAACUUCUUCACGGGAAGCUUGCCGAGUUCAUUAGGGAACUUGUCGUACUUGACUAACUUGGAUCUGCACAAGAAUCGCUUCACAGGAGGGAUACCUUCGGAACUUGGGAGUCUCAUGCAGCUGGAGUUUCUUGACAUGUCUGAGAACAACAUCUCUGGAGAUAUACCAACUCAGAUCUGCGGAUUGACCAGUAUAAGGUUCUUGAAUUUAGCAGAGAACGGUUUACAAGGAGAGGUACCGAGCGAGGGUGUUUGCCAGGAUCCUUCCAAGUCAUUGUUCUCUGGAAACAAAGAGUUGUGUGGGAGAGUGGUUGGAUCAGAUUGCAAGAGUGAUGAUGAGAAGACUCUACUUAGUGCUUGGGGACUUUCAGGGAUAGUGAUUGGGAGCAUGGUCAUUGUCUUUGCUUCUGUUUUCUCUCUGCGGAGAUAUGUUAUGAGGAGGAGAGUGAAGCAGAGAGAUGAUGAUCCAGAGGGGAUGGAGGAAAGCAGUUUAAAAGGGUUCGUUGAUCAGAACCUCUUUUUCUUAAGCGGAAGCAGAUCAAGAGAGCCGUUAAGCAUCAACGUGGCAAUGUUCGAGCAGCCACUUCUCAAGGUGAGUUUAGCAGACAUUGUGGCGGGAACUGAUCGUUUCUGUAAGAAGAACAUCAUAGGAGACGGCGGGUUCGGGACGGUUUACAAAGCCUGUUUACCGGGCGGGAAGACAGUAGCGGUCAAGAAGCUGAGCGAUGCCAAAACUCAGGGGAACAGAGAGUUCAUGGCGGAGAUGGAGACUCUAGGGAAAGUGAAGCAUCCUAAUCUGGUGUCUUUGAUUGGAUACUGCUCUUUCAGCGAGGAGAAGCUUCUUGUGUAUGAGUACAUGGUCAACGGAAGCUUAGACCAUUGGUUAAGGAACCAAACGGGGAUCCUAGAGGUGUUAGACUGGUCCAAACGCCUCAAGAUCGCUGUUGGAGCUGCGAGAGGAUUAGCUUUCCUGCAUCACGGUUUCAUCCCUCACAUCAUACACAGAGACAUCAAAGCGAGCAACAUUCUUCUGGACGGUGAGUUUGAGCCGAAGGUUGCGGAUUUCGGGUUGGCCAGACUGAUCAGCGCGUGCGAGACGCAUGUGAGUACCAUCAUAGCGGGAACGUUCGGGUAUAUUCCACCAGAGUAUGGACAGAGCGCACGAGCGACGACCAAGGGAGAUGUGUACAGCUUUGGAGUGAUCUUGCUUGAGUUGGUGACGGGGAAAGAGCCGACUGGUCCUGACUUUAAAGAGAGCGAAGGAGGGAACUUGGUUGGUUGGGUUGUUCAGAAGAUUAACAAAGGGAAAGCUGUGGAUGUUUUGGAUCCUCUGGUGGUAACAGUGGCUUUCAAACAGUGUAUGCUUCGUGUGCUUCAGAUUGCUGUUCACUGUAUUGCUGCAACGCCUGCUAAUCGACCGACGAUGCUAGAUGUCUUGAAGUCUCUCAAGGAGAUAUAGACUUAAUGUUUUCUUGUCAUAUAAGUAACUACAUCCAUGUGUGGAUGGAUGAUGCUAAUGUAACCCUUGUUAAGUUUAUAAAUCAUCGAUCUGACAGAAGUGCCCCUCUGCGUUCUAUAUAUAUGGGAGACAAAUUAAGAAAA